UGAUGAUCAAUGAUUUUGUGCCUUUAUUUAGACCCCAACAAGUGUCGGAUAUUUGUCUCCGGGUGUCUAGGUUUAAAUACCAUAUGGAAUUUGACGCCAGUAAAAUCUGAUCAAGUGUACCCGUGGUGUGUGAGGAGCUGGGCGUGCACGGGAGAAACACCACGUUACCAUGGCGGCCCAGUAAGUACGCGCGGGCAUAAAAGGAGGGAAGGUGGACCAACGCGUCUCAGUCAGCGGCAGACACAGAGACAGACAAGCCAGCGAGGCUUUGUGUUGGACCCAAUGAUGAAGUUUCUGGUUUUGGCUCUGGCCGUCGGCCUGCUGUUUACAGCUGGUGAGGCUCUGGACUGCCACCGGUGUGUCUCCAGGAGGGCUGGAGGAACCUGUGAGCUCUCUGUGGAGACCUGUAAACCGGGGAAGGAUGCCUGCGCCGCGGCCAGUUUCCUCAAACCACCACACGGAGAGUUUCAGAAAUGCAUGGCGCUGUCAGACUGCGAAAUGCUGCAGAUGAACUCCUACAUCAGUAUCAAGUGCUGCACAGAAGACAUGUGCAACACCUAUGAAAUGAAGAGUUGGAGAAUCUCAGAGGUGUGAAUUCAAAACUAAACUUGCUGUCAAUCCGUUGACUAAUAAAAGCAGUUUGACACAGA